AUGAUGCUCCAUAAUAAUUCCGGCCCAGAGGAUGAAGAAGAGCUCAUCUCCUACCUCCAGCGCCGUGGAAGCGCCACAUUGUCGGGCUCAUCCACGUGGAAGAUCCGAACCAACGAGUUGGCCCAACACGAGUUUCGAAGAGAACGUAGGGCCGCCGCCGCCGCCAUCGCCGCCCGGAAGCUCUCCUACGAGGAUCUUCUAUCAUCCGAAGACGGCAAUCAACAACAAUUUCCCGUUUGUCUCAACGCUCUGUCUUAUUCCUCUGCCUCCUCCUCCUCUUCUUCUGCUGCUUCGUCUUCUCCGUUAGGUCAAGAUUUUAAACAACAAAAGAGAAUGCAUGGGCCUGGGACGGAAUUAGAACAAUCGGCCCAAAGACAUAUGUAUGGGCCGGAAUUCUUGCCGUAUGCUCACUCUGGGCCUGUCGAAGCAGGGCUCCACAAAUAA